AUGUUUAAGCAAUUAUCUCAGUUGAGUAAGAAUCUCACAGAUGAGUUACAAAAGGGACUUACUGAUGAGAGUUUUAUGAAUGACUCUACGAAUAAUUCUAACAAUAAGAUAGAUGAAACUAUUUUUGCAGAUGGUACCAAAUUUAUUGAUUUACCAAAGGAUGUACAAGGAAAAUUACGUAAAUAUGAUAAAUAUGAAUCUAAAUAUCCUUUAUUAUUAAAUGCUUAUAAGAAUGAAAAGGGGAAAAAUAUAAAAUUCGAAUCUAUUAAGAAAAUUUUGACAGAAAAUACUCCAAUCUCUGAUAUUAAUGAUAUUGAAGAGACUUUACCUGCAUUUUUUCAAGAUAUUAAUAAUAGAACAGCAAUCUUAAAUAAUGAGAUUAAGAGACUGAAUAAAUAUAGUGAUGAAAAUAUGGAAUUAAAGAAAAAAUUGGAAGAGAUGGAAGAAGUAAAAUCUGAAGAAAAUGAAACUGUAACUGGAGAUAACAAUGAUAUAUCUUUAAUUACUGCUAAGGAGCUAGAUACUGCGCAUGAUAAUAUUAAUACAUUAAAUGAAUCUGUAUCAAAAUGUGAAUCUGAUAUAAAAGAUAAAGACGCUAAGAUCGAGUUGAUUUCGAAGGAAUUAGUUGAGAAGACUACUGAUAACAAGAAAUUGGAAUCACAAGUUCAAGAAAAUGUUACUCAAUUAGAAAAUACAAAGAACCAAAUUAAAGAAAAGGAAUGUGUGAUAAUAGAUUUAAAAGAAGAUAUUAUUUCUAAGGAUAAAAUUAUUAAAUCAUUGAAUCUGGACAUCACAUCGAAAGAUGAAACGAUCCAGGCCUUACAAAAUGAUGCAAAGAACGCUGCCGAACCAACCCUAUUAAGUGAAUCCAAAACAAUCAUUGAUACUCCUGUUACAGAAAAUAAUAAUUCAAAGAAAAAUAAGAAGAACAACAAAAAAAAGAAGCAACAACAACAACAGCAACAGGUUGCUACACCUACGCAAAUUGAACAGAGAAAUUCUGAAGUAUUCGACGGACUCAAAUUGAAAUUCGAAUUAUUGGAAAAGGAUUACGAAUCCCUAAAAGAUGAGCAUUCUCAUUGUGAAGAAUGGAAAACUAAAUUCAACUCCCUAAAGGAAACGUCUGACAAAAGAGAAGCAGAUCAUUCUCUUGAAGAAUUGCAAAAAGAUUAUGACAAUGUCAAUGGACAGUUGAUGGAUGCCAAAAAAUCUCUAAAGAAAAAGGACUCCGAAAUAGAAGAAGUUAGAGAUAUGCUAAGAGAUGUUGGAAACGAACUUGUUGACGCUAAAGAUCAAUUAAAAACAUCGGCUCAAGCGCAAACAGUUAAUGAUGAAACUAAAAGGCAAAUAGAGAUGUUAAAGAGAACAAAUGAACUUUCUGAGAAAAAAAUAAAGGAAAUAGAUGCGACUCGUGCUACUCUUCAAAAGAGUAUUACUCAAUUGACGACAGAGAAAGAAGAGUUGAAUAUUAAAUUUAAAAAGAUCCAAAAUGAAAGCAGAAACAUGAUCAAUGAUCUUAAAGAUUAUAAAAGUGUUAAAAACUUGGUCACACAAAAAGAAAAGACCAUUCUUUACAUGGAAAACCAAGUCAAAGAAUAUAGUGAAAAACAGGAAACAUUACAGAAAAAAUUCAUAUCACUUGAGACUGAGAAUUCUCAAUUAAAUAGCAGAAUAUUAUUAUUAAAGAAGGAGAAUAAUACGUUGAACACAAAUGUUAAUAAAAAUAGUUCGAUGUAUGAGAAUUAUGUCAAAGAAAAUGGUAAACUAACAGAAAGGAUAUCUAUAUUACAGGAAAAGUACAACGCUUUAGAGGAUCUAAAAUCGAAUUCUAGUGAUCAAGUAUACUCUAUAAAGAAACAAUGUGAAGAGCUAAAUCUGAAAUUGAAAGAAUCAUCAAAAAAAAUUAGAUCCUUAGAGGACGAAAUUAAUGACUAUUCUAACAUUAUCCAAGAUAAAACAAGAGAGUCUGAAACAAUGAGAAGACUCCUAAAUGAAACAUUAAAUGAUAAUUCAAAUAAAGGUAAUGAUUAUGACACAAAAAUUCAAACAGUAAUUGAAGAAAAAAAUAACCUUCAAAAUCAAUUAAGUCUUCAAUCUUCGAAACAAAACGUGGAACUUCAAAAUCUGACAAACACCAACCAUCAAUUAACCAUUGAACUCAAUAAUCUGAAACUUAAAGAGAAAUCUUUAAGUUCAGAAGUGGAAGAAUUGAAAAAAUCUAACGUAAACUAUAAACGUAAAGAUGAAAUAGAUAAUGAGAAUACUGAAGACUUCAACAAAAUAAAAAAGAAUUUGAAAGAUUUAUUGUCAAAAUCUGAUGUUAAGAUUCAUGAUUUGCAAUUGAAUAACGAUGAACUGUUAUCUCUAAAUAAUGAUCUAAACAAAAAGCUAGAGAGGUUGACAAAGAACUAUAGGGUUCUCUCGAAUCAAUUAAACACACUCAAAGAGAGUUCCGUUACUACACGAUCUGAUAGAUCAGGUUCUGUAAGCUCUCAGUUGUCGAAUAGCAACUCCAUAUCUACGACCAGUAUUAACGUUCCUGAGCCUAUACCUCGUUCUUCAUCCUCAUCUAAGGAUGUUUCGACCUUGAAGGAAGUGAACAGUUCUGAGAGUAUAACAGGAGCUCAAUCACAAAAUGAGAAACUUGCAUAUGUGAAAAAUGUGUUGUUAGGGUUUUUGGAACACAAGGAUCAAAGAAAUCAAUUAUUACCUGUAAUUUCUAUGUUACUACAAUUUGAUAGUAAUGACGAAAAGAGAUUAGUUAUGGCAUUAAGAUAG